AUGGAGGGGUACAUAGCCUCGCCGAGUUUCGCCAUCGCGAACCUUAUCUCUGUUAAAACGUUCACUCGGCUUCAGACUGUUGACCUGGCGAGUUUCGCUGGUGAACAAGUUUCCGGACGCUAUCAAAGGUCAGCAACGUUCGAAGAGAUAGAAGAAGAAGAAGAAGAAGAAGAAGACGACGAGCAUCAACCUGAUCAAAUCAACUUCCAGACCGUUUCCCUCACAGCGACUACCCUUGCCUCCGGAAAGACAAAUUGUCGUUUGUUCGAAGGUACAGUUGAUUUGAAAUGCUGCUCUUUGAAACAGCAGAUCGCAGAUUUUUCCUCAAAGACGUCGAUAGACGUUGUUUUGCCAUUGUCUUCCGAGGCUAUGGCAACAUGGCCUUAG